CCUUCUGGUAAUGACGUUUGCGUCAAUUUGAUGCAAUUCAAUUAAGUAACCACACAAUCACAAAGCUAGACCCCUUGAAAUAGUACCGUCCAACAACGUUGGUAAUCUAUUCCAUCGAGUUCGAGCUUAUAUGAAUCACCAACUGUUAAAAUUUUAGAUUCAUUAAACUAUUUAGAUUUAAUUUUUUUUUUUUAACUAUUAUAUGCAAGUCAUAUACAGUCAAUUGCCAUCAUAGUUAGCUCUCCCUUGUCCUUCUACUUCCGGGUUCAUAUUGUCUCAACUCUAGACCUUAGCUUUGCAUGUAAUGGUUUCACUUGCUCGUAAGCUGAUAGCAUCCAGGAACCCUAGUCCAAUAUCCAGAAGCCCACAAGCUUUGCAGCCCUUUGUCCCAUUUUCCCGUCUUCAAGAAACAAAACUCUUAGAAUGUCAUCUAGUUUCACUUCUUGACAACUGUAACAGCCUAAUUCAGAUCAAACAAGUACAUGCUCACGUUAUUCGUAAAGGUCUUGACCAAAGCUGCUAUGUUCUCGCAAAACUACUCCGUAUGCUCACUAAAAUCAAUGUCCCAAUGGACCCAUAUCCCUGUCUUGUAUUUCAUCAAGUGGAAUAUCGUAACCCUUUUUUAUGGACUGCCUUAAUUCGGGGUUAUUCAAUUCAAGGACCAUUGAAAGAGGCUGUGCGUUUGUAUAAUGCUAUGAGAAGGGAAAAUAUAUCGCCUGUUUCUUUUACUUUGACUGCUUUGCUCAAGGGUUGUUGUGAUGAGUUUGAGUUGAAUUUAGGUAGGCAGAUUCAUUGUCAGGGAAUAAAGAUCGGUGGGUUUUGUAAAGAUUUGUUUGUUCAUAAUAUUUUGAUUGAUAUGUAUGUUAAAUGUGGUUGGUUGGAUUGUGGUCGAAAGGUGUUCGAUGAAAUGUCUGAGAGGGAUGUGAUUUCGUGGACUUCGUUAAUUGUUGCGUAUUCAAAGGCUGGAGAUAUGGUGGCAGCUGUUGAGCUGUUUGAGAGAUUGCCUGUGAAGGAUUUGGUUGCGUGGACUGCUAUGGUGUCGGGUUUUGCACAGAAUGCUAAGCCAAGGGAAGCAUUGGAGUUCUUCUAUAGGAUGCAGUCUGGAGGUGUGGAGACUGAUGAGUUCACAUUGGUUGCGGUUAUUUCAGCUUGUGCACAGUUGGGAGCCGCUAAGUAUGCGAAUUGUGUUCGUGAUUUGGCUGAGGGAUAUGGUUUUGGACCUGCCAAUCACGUUAUGGUGGGGUCUGCAUUGAUUGAUAUGUACUCCAAGUGUGGCAAUGUGGAGGAAGCGUAUAAGGUUUUUAUGAAGAUGAAGGAAAAGAAUGUGUUCUCGUAUAGUUCGAUGAUCUUGGGUUUUGCAAUGCAUGGAUGUGCGAAUGCUGCAUUAGAUUUGUUCGAAGAAAUGGUGAAAACAGAGGUAAAGCCUAAUAAGGUGACAUUCAUUGGUGUUCUUAUGGCUUGUACUCAUGCAGGUUUGGUAGAAAGGGGUCGAUACCUGUUUGGUAUAAUGGAGAAACAUUAUGGUGUUGAACCAUCAAUAGAACAUUAUGCUUGCAUGAUUGAUCUCCUUGGCAGGGCUGGGCAACUAGAAGAAGCUCUUGAGCUUAUCAAAGCUAUGCCAAUGGAAGCUAAUAGUGGUGUCUGGGGAGCUUUGCUGGGAGCUUGUCGGAUUCAUGGUAAUCCUGAAAUCGCAGAAGUUGCUGCUAGCCGUUUAUUUGAGCUUGAACCUGAUAGCAUUGGAAACUAUGUCUUGCUUGCCAAUACAUAUGCUACAGCGGGAAGGUGGGAAGAUGUUUUAGGGGUAAGGAAAUUAAUAAAACAAAAACUGCUGAGAAAGGACCCUUCACGCAGCUGGAUUGAAGGCAAAGAGGGGGUGAUUCAUGAGUUCUAUGCUGGUGAUAUGACCCACCCAAACUCGAAAGAGAUUAAGGAAGCACUAGAGGGUCUUAUUAGUCGGCUUAAGUCACACGGUUACGAGCCAAACAUAAGCUCUGUGCCUUAUGAUCUGAGUGAGGAACAUAAAAAACGAGUACUUCUUACACAUAGUGAGAAGCUGGCUUUGGCAUACGGGCUACUCAUUACUGAUUCUGCUGGGUCUACCAUUAGGAUCAUGAAAAAUCUAAGAAUCUGUGAAGAUUGCCACUCAUUUAUGUGCGGUGCAUCUCAAAUCACUGGCAGGGAGAUUAUUGUCAGGGACAACAAGAGAUUUCACCAUUUCCGAAAUGGUGUGUGCUCUUGUGGUAACUUUUGGUAAUUGAAUGAAGAGCCGUCAGUUCUCUGAAGUGCCACUCUAAGUGAGCUUGAAGGAUCCUUUUCUUUGGAAAUUGCCAUUACUUGGUCACAAGUGCCAUAGUUGUUCAAAAGGUUUUGAAUUUCUUUUUAGACUGAGGGAUUGGAAUUCUUGCUCAACUGAAGGAUAUGAUUAAUUCAUUCAAGGACGAAUCUAAAUUCCAGAAUUUCUAUGAUCGAAGGUGCCAAGCUAGAUGACAGUCUUGCUAUAUGGAAGCCUCUAAGACUUAUCUCACUAUAAUGUCUGAUGUGUGUGCUCUCAAGUUCGUUGUGGCCUAAUAGUCAAUGAAAUGGGUUGACCAUUGGUCUUACUUGCCAUGUCAACAGAAGUCUUGCUGGUCCGGACACUGCAGUUGUAAAACAGAUGUUCCUUAUUGGUCUUACCUGCCAUGUAUACAAUUUUUUGGAGCUCAACUGGAUAAUUAACUUUGUUCUUUAGUGGGAAUAAAUGACAUAUCUGGGUUUACAUGAGGGUUAUGCUAUAUUGAUUAAUUAAGUAAAAAGUUUGUGAACUAAAUAGAGAUUACAUGCUGCUCUAGGGCUGUGAACUUCUUUGGAUCUCAAUGAGUCGAAAUAAACAAGAUCAUCUACAUUCUAAUUUUCAGAAUUUAUAAAAAUAUGGAACUAGCUCACUAAGAAGACAACCUCCUCCAGAAGUACGUUUUACAUAGAAAAGCUAGUGUUAUGGCGAUUAGAAUGUAAUGCUUUUACAUGUUUCAGAAAAGCUUCUUUCUUAUGCUCUUACGCUUGCAUCUUCUGACUUCAAUUAUAUUUUUGUGGUGUCGUUUCCCUGUGAAUGUGAAGGUCCAUUCUCCUUCGCCUACGAGGAGAGGGAACUGUUUCUCCCGGCAUCUUUGGGUUCUGAAGAUGGAGAUGUCAUAACCUGGCAAGAUCUGGUACACUACAAGCAUUUUGCUGCGGGAAGACCAACUUCUUAUCUCUUUAGAUAGCCGAGUAUUCACGCUUGUUGCAGCAAAGGACUGAAAAAGGCAAUUUUGAAGUAGGUAUUGUGUGGGGGUUCAGAAGAUUGGUUCCCGUUACUAUCGAAGUUUUUAUUGCAAAAUCAGUUUGUCUGGCAGAUGAAAUGUUCGAUCUGCUUUCAUUUCACGGUACUCCUGUUAAAUUCUCCAGCCCAUUUGGUGGAUAGUCCCGACUGUCGCAGAGAACAAGAUUGAAUCUUGAAAUUGGAAUUCUCUGUGGGCUCACACAUGAAUCAACUCUGAUGCCACGUGGGCUUCAAUCUUAUGGAAAACUAUGUUGGCAGAAAAAUAGUGGGGAACAGGAAGGGCUACUCUGAGCAGAUGCAGGAAGCAGGGGUAUUUGAUCUCGUUACAAAACGAGUUCAGGCAGCUUCUAGAAAUAGAAGCAAUUGCCUCAUCAUACACGGCCGACCAUUCAGCUUGGGCCUUUCAGUAUUACUUCACUUUGGUGUGUCCAAUUUUUACUCUGUUGUAAUAUUAACUUUGCAGAAAGAGUUGGAUGUUCUUCUUAGAAGGUAUUGUUUCAACAGUAUUUAUUUGAUGUUGUUACCGAGUAUUGGUUCUUUUUCACAUGUGAUAGACUAUGAAAUAGUCAACGUAAAUAUUAGGAUAAUCUUUUCAUAAUUAGCAAAUGUAUAUUAGGCGUGAUCUCUUCCUUAUGUAUAGUAAUUAAGUCCUAUAAUUUAGCCUAGUAUUAUGCUGACAGUUAGAUACCUAUUUUGUAUAUAAUGACUA